AUGUCGCUUCCCCACCUGAAUGCCACGCAGGAGGCCCAGGUUCUGGAGGUGCUCUUCAGGUCAACAGCAGCGUGGGAUGCGCCGUUGAUACUGCUGGAGAGCUUCAUGUUGGGCGUUUUCUACGCCUGCGUGCCCCUCGCGACAUACAUGAUCUGGUCCAAAUCGGUUGCCGUACCCCGUGUAUCCUCCACCUUAAUAUUCUGGUUCGCGCUUGUUGUCACGACUGUACACUGGGUCCUAUCAUGGCGGCAUCUAGAAGCAACGAUGACCGGACGCACAUUAGGGAUCUCACUCUCAGAUCCGGCUCUAUGGGAUGCCAUCGAUAUAGUGGACGCCCGCCUCAACUCUACCAGCUCCGACUACGACCUCAUCGGCUAUUCUUACGUUAACUGGGCCGAAGCCUGGCAAUACCUCCUCCCUCUAAUAGUAGAAACAGCACUGUUCGGUUUCACCUCUUUCUUAUUCAUACUUACGGCAUAUACAUCCUUCCGAAGAUUGCUCUCUCAGCAGCGCUCUGGCUCUGCCAUGAUCAUACCCGUGAUAGCCUCCAUAAUGUACUUUUCGUCCCUAGCGCACUGGGCCAUCUCCAUUUGGAGCUUUACACGGCUCGCCUUUGCGACGGUCACCCCUGAAUCGUUCUCUGUCGAUAUCAACUCCCCAAACCUGGGCCUUCUAUUCUUGCUUUCCUUGAACUCGGUCAUGAGCGAUUCUAUCGUGCUCUGGCGCAUGUUCGUCGUAUGGGACCGAGCGCGACCUGCGCUUGCACUUGGCGUGGCUUUUCUUUCCGCGAUACUGGGACUCAAUAUCGCGAACUUCGUCGGAACUGCGCGAGGCGUGUAUGGAGACUUCGGCGGGAGCGGGUACAACUACCUUGACUUGGAGAUUGUCUACACCUUUGGCACCAACCCCGUUGGUCUUGCUGCGGCGUUUGUCUCUCUCGCGAGCAACUUCUGCGCGACAGUGCUGGUCGCGAUCAAAGCGUGGUCACAUCAAAGGAAAGCUGCGAAGCAUCUACGAUCUGACGAUAGUCGUACGAUGGUUGAGCGAUUCAUGGAGCUCCUGGUGGACUCUGGGAUUGUGUACACGGCGAUAUGGCUUCUCUACUGUAUCAGCUUCUACCGGCCCAUCACAUCUCAGGUUGUCCUAGGUCAGGACCCGAGCGCCACCUUCCCCUUGGUCACAGCCGUGAGCUAUCUUGACGCAGCCAUGGCUCAACUAACGACCAUCUACCCUCUCAUCGUCUUCAUCCUCGUCGCACUAGACAGGCUUCACCAUUCACGGGGCCCGUCGAUGGUUGCGCCCCGAUGGAACUGGUCCGAUCAGCCUGCUGUUGCCCUUAGCUUCGAUAUUGACGUCGAAGGCCACUUACCAAUGACCCCAACCUCUGCCCAUCCGAUGAUUGCGCUUUCGGAUGUUCACCGCCCUCGUUCAAACGUGUCUAGCAUGAAGUUCUCUAGUUCCGACUCACGAUGA